UUUGAAAAAAAAUGAAAUGGCUUCCACUGUUUGAAAGCGAUUCAUGCCAAAAGUACGACUGAGAUUGUCACUGUGGAGUCAGGAUUAGAGUGGUGCUGGAAAAGCACAGCAGGUCACGCAGCAUCCGAGGAGCAGGAAAAAUCGACGUUCCGGGCAAAAGCCCUUCAUUAUCAGUGUGGAGCCGUGUCAUUCACAUUUUCCAAGGUGGCAAAACUAGGCAGAGUGGUGUAGUGACUAAGACAGGUGCUUUAAUUAGGUGACGCUCGGUAGCAGCCGGCUCCGACUGUCAGGUUGCAGUCAGCCAAAGAGCAAUGCUUCACUCGGCGGUUGGUGCUGGGCAGACAGUGGCGCGAGCCUGGCAGCGGGCCGUUACUUUUGGAACGUGGGCCCAUUGUCUCCGCACGCGGGAGAUAGUUGGAGGCGCUCGCGGGGCUCUCCUCAAGACCGCCAGAGCGGACCGCUUCGGGGCGGUCACCGCCCACCUGGAGCCCAGGCACUUUCCGCCAGAACUGGACGAGAUCACAUUUCAGAACCUGCUACAGGAUGCUAUCAAGCACUGGAGAGCAGAAGGCAAGGUGGCAGUCUGGCUGCAUGUUCCUAUUCUCCAGAGCAGAUUUAUAUCUGCAGCAGCUGUUCAAGGUUUUACAUUUCACCAUGCUGAAAAGGACCAUUCCACAUUGGCACUGUGGCUAGCUAAGGGGGAAAGCAGGCUUCCUGCUUAUGCUACACAUCAAGUCGGUGUGGCAGGUGCUGUGUUUGAUGAAACCACUGGUAAAGUUCUGGUUGUGCAAGAUAAAAAUAAGAUAAAAAAUGCUUGGAAGUUUCCAGGAGGCCUCUCUGAUCUGGGUGAAGAUAUUGGUGAAACAGCUGUCCGAGAAGUAUUUGAAGAGACCGGAAUAAGGUCCAAAUUUUUGUCACUUCUCAGCAUCAGGCAACAGCAUAACCAUCCAGGAGCCUUUGGGAAGUCAGACAUGUACAUUGUUUGUCGUCUGAAAGCUGUCUCGUUUGACAUCAAUUUUUGCCAAGAAGAAUGCCUGCGGUGUGAAUGGAUGGAUCUGGAGGAGCUGGCCAGAAGUGAACACACAACACUUAUAACCAGCAGGAUAGCCAAGCUGUUAUUUUAUGGAUACAGGGAAGGCUUUGAUAAGAUUGAUGUAAAUAUGAGAGAAUUCCCAGCAGUUUAUACAGGCCUUUUUUACAAACUUUAUCACAAAGAAUUACCAGAGAAAUACGAGAAGCUGCAACCGAAUGGAUUGAAAUAGGUUGUGAAGGAAAAUAGUUACUAUGAAGAUUAGAAAUUGAAUUUGUUCUAUCUGUCUAAUCAAAUAAACAAAUAACUGGUGCGAUACAGAAUGGGUAAAAUCCAAUUUUGUUCAGUGUUGAGAACUACAUUUUUGCAACAUUUUUAUUCAAAUGUAUAAAAACCAAGCUUCUCAAUACAUCACUUCAAUUUCAAAAAUGACAGU